AUGGCCGACGAGGGCGCCAGCGCCAAGACUGGCGGCAGCAAUGAUCAUCUUGUGCUCUCAGAAAACGCAUCCCACCCGGCAAACCUAAUCCCCUCGCUGUGCGCCAAGUUUUGGACCCUGGGAUGGGUUACCGGCACUGGAGGUGGUUGCUCGAUCCGUGAAGAUGACCUUGUCUAUAUUGCGCCAUCGGGCGUGCAGAAGGAGCUGAUGAAAGCUUCGGACAUCUACGUACUCUCCCUCGCCGCGCAGUCGGCGAGUCUCCGAGAUCGCGUCUACCUACGGAGCCCGCCAGCGCUGAAGCCGUCGCAGUGCACACCGCUGUUCCUCGCCGCCUUCACCAAGCGGCGCGCCGGCUGCUGCAUCCACACGCAUAGCCAGUGGGCCGUGCUCGUCACUCUGAUCCUCGAGGCCACCAGCGGGGCCGACGGCACCUCACACCGAGAGUUCAGCAUCAACAACAUCGAGCAGAUCAAGGGCUUCGGCCGCGGGUUCGACAAAACUGGUAACCUCGGCUACCAUGACACCCUGCGCAUCCCCGUCAUCGAGAACACGGCCCACGAGGAGGACCUGACCGAGUUUCUCGAGGAGGCCAUGGAUCGCUAUCCUGAUACGUACGCUGUGCUGGUGCGCCGCCACGGCGUCUAUAUCUGGGGGGAGACUGUGCACAAGGCCAAGACCCAGUGUGAAAGCCUCGACUACUUGUUCCAACUGGCGGUCGAGAUGAAGAGGCUUGGCCUCCCAUGGAUUACAGACAUCACCCCCGUCAAUACAGCCAGGUCCUCCUAA